AUGAGCUCUGUGUGUAGGUCUUCUCUGAGCUGCGUGGACGUACGUGAGUCGACGAGAGCCAGCUACAAGAACCUCUACAAGUGGCCGGAGUCCGAUGCCGAGUUCGUGAAGUCGAUGGCGGCGGGAAGAAGAAGAGGGGAGAGAGGUGACCCCAGCGGUCUCAACAGCGGCACCAACCUCGAAGAAAGGAGGCGGCCGAGUGCAGGCCCGAGCGUGGUCGAUAGCUACUCAUGCCGCCAGUUGUACCUGAGAAGCUACGUCUUCACCAAGGAGGAGACGGUCUCAGAGAAGAUGAAGCGGCACUGCUUCAGAAAGGAGAAGAAGACGGCCGCAGUCUUGCCCAUCUUCGCCAGCGGGAGCACCGUGAGCAGUGGCGGCGCCAACGUCGAUACCAAGGGUAAUGGGAAGCAUAAGAAGACGAAGAAGGAUUGUGCGGCUCUAAUGAAGCUAAGAGAUUUCUUGCAUCGCCUCCUCUGCACCGCCGGCGUCGACGUGGUGGAUAGAGAUUGAAACGUCGUUUUAGAUCAAAGGACUCACCAUCUUUUCUUCUUCUUCUUCUUCUUCUUCUUCUUCUUCAUAUGGAGUUAGAAGGACGUCAGGAAGGAAUCAUGUAGGAAGCAGACGUCUUCUCUCUCAAUUCCGUCAAAGAUUGGUGUGAAGAACAGAGUCUAGUGAUCAGCUUUUACAUAUUGUUCUCAAUCUUUAGCUAUUGGAUUGAAAGAAAGGAUGAACAGCUAAAGUUACCUCAAGAGAAAAAUCCGAAUAAUCCAUCUCGGUUAAGAUUUCUUAAAGCUCGAUAGCUAUUUUCAACGUUCGAAAAGUGGUCGAGAUUGGAUCAGACUUAACAUCAUUGAGCUGACAACAGCAACUGCAAACUCAAAUUGUAGCGCAACCAUUCCAAAAUUGUGAAGACUCAAUGAUGAGAUAAACCUGCAAAUGCUGCCAAGUUAAGCAUCGAGUGCAGAUGGAAUCGUAGUGCAUGGAAGCUGGCAUUUUGGUUUUUUAAGGUGAAGUAAAUGAUAUGGAAGG